AUGAAAAUAUUUGUGGCUAUUUGCGCGCUGGUGGCAGUGGCAUCUGCCGGAGAGAACCGCGACAACCGCGAGAAGCGUGGCUUGCUCGGAUACAGCGGCGUUGGCAUCAGCAGCUACGGUGGGAUAGGACUAAGCUCAAUUAACAGCGGAAUCGGCUACUCAGCGCCUUUAGUAGCCUCCGCUCCAUUAUUGUCCGCUCCCGUGGUAUCAGCACCCAGCGUGGUUGCUGUCAACAGGCUCGUCAACGUCCCAAGAGUCAUCAACGUACCCCAGGUCGUGCAACUCCGUAAGGUUGUCAAUGUACCCCAAGUAAUCACAGUCAAGAAUGUGGUGGCUGGACCUAGCUUGGCUGCGCCUGCGAUUGCUCCCUACGGCAUCGGUUCCGUCGGUACCCUUGGUGGUAACGGAUUGUGGUAA